AUGAUGCCACUAGCGGAAGCAGGCGUCCUGGCCCAAGGAGGGGGCCUUUCGGCGAAGGGGUGGGCCUGCACUCUGCAGAGGAAGAGCCCCAGGCACAAGCAGCCUACCUUGCUAAGCAGAGUAUCCUGAAGAAGCAAUGAGACUUUAGCUGUCCUCAAAGACAGGAAAAGAGGGUGCUCAGGUAGAAAGAACAGCACAAUCAAAAAUCUGGCAACCCUGAAUGUCUCUGGUUUGAAGGAGGAUGAAGGGCACCUCCUCCAUCCCAGACUUGGGAAGGCAGGUAAACACUGCCGCAUGCUCCAAAGGCGCCGGCGCCACCUGCGGCGCGAGUCCGUUCUCCACGGCCUCUGCCGCCCCCUGCGUCCCCACCCGGGCUUCCGAGAGUCUGACUCACAGGAGCCGGCAUCGCUUCACCUCCUACAACACACCCGGAGCGCGCGGAGAAAUUACAGGAUUGCAGGGGCUCGGCUAAUGCGCUCUAAUUACCCACCGCCGCUGUCAUGGGCGCUCCGCAGCGCUGGGCCAACGCGCCACAAUUAG